AUAAUAAUAAAAAAACAACUCUUUUGUGCUGCAGGGAUUAGAAAUGGCUAUGAGCUAUCCCAGGUCAUUGAAAUACAUCAUCUCCAAGGAGGCAGUUGGUAUAGUGAGCCGCAGAACAUUUGCAGCUGGUGGUGGAAAAGCAAAGAAGGGCUCGAAAGGAGGUGGGGCUGGUGAUGCUCCAAAGGGUUCCACACUCAGCAAAGAGGUCAAGUCCACCACAGUGGUUGGCGCCAAUAUACUCAAGGAUGGGGCAGACCCCAAGCUCAUGGCAGACUCUGAAUACCCUGAUUGGUUGUGGCACCUGUUAGAUAAGAAACCAGCAUUGAGUGAACUGAGGAGGAAGAAUGUGGAAACUCUUCCAUAUGAAGAACUCAAGCGUUUUGUUAAGCUGGAUAACCGUGCCCGGAUCAAAGACAAUAACUCUCUCAGAGCCAAGAACUGAUGAACUCUUUAAUUUUCUUGCUUUCACCAUCCUUGGUUUUGUUCAUCUAUUUUGCCAAUGAGUCCAUGAGUCAGUUGAGUGUGCUAAUUUAUUGAUUAUCCUUGGUUGACAAUUCUAUGCUUUAGUUUAUGUUCUCAACUGGCUGAAACCUGUGCACGAUGCACGAGAAGCUUAGGGAAACAACUCCAUUGAAGGAUGGAAGAAAACUUGAGAAUAAUAGAAGGUAAGUGAAUUGAAGGUACAUUUAUUUUCUGAAAUUGUUGGAUUACAUUGUUAAAAAUGGAACACCCUAUUACUGAGGCA